AUGGUCACCUCCUGGUGUCAAUCAUUCUCAUUCCCCUGUCUUCGUUCCUCCUCGCCUCUCGUCGUCUCCGCGCACCACAGCAGAUGGGCGCGGCGGUGUGGGGCGGCGGCAGAGAGCCGGAAACCACACGGUUGCGAGGGGAGCGCCAGCUGGAAUGAGCGGCGCGAUCUGCCGCACGCGCAACGCCCCUCGCGCGCCACCCGCGCUGCACCGUCCCCGCUCCUGCUACUACCAGCGCUUCUGGCGCUGCUGGCUCUGACCCCCGCGCUCGCAGCCCCGCUUGGCGGCGCGCGGACGGUCAGGCUAGAGCGAGCGGAGUCCCAGUGGGAGGGGUGGCGGCACGGUAAAGGAGGGGCGCCGGGCCAUGGUGCGGGGGUGCGCAAGCGCCUGUACGUUCUGCCCGCCGAGUCCAACGCGCCCCGACCGCAUGCCGCGGCGACAGCGGCUCCCCCCGCGACCAACAACAGCGGUGCAUCCUCCGCUCCCGCCAGGCCUGAUAGUGGUGGCACGGAUGCGGGUGCGGGAGCAGCAGGAGCGGCAAAGGCGGCGGCAAUUCCGGAUGAGAGGGCGAGCUUGCUGCCAUGUCCCAUGGUCACCGGCAGCACGCAGGGGGGAACCGACGGGAGUGGCGGGCUUGGCGGUGUGCUGAGCCUGCUGAGGGUGGUGCAGGCGGGUGACGGCGGGUGGGACGAGGGGGAUGAGGCGGCAGGGCAGCGCGGCAGCUUAUCGCGCGUGGACCCAAUGGACGGGUUCAGGCGCUACCGAGGCCCCUACAACGUCACCGACGUGCACUACUGGGCGUCCGCAGCGUUCACUGGGUGGUGGGCGGCAGCAGUUGGCGUUAUCCUGGCGGCGGUGGGAGUGGCAGUGUACGCGAGUGCAUCGUUCCGCCCCAUAGCACAGCACACCAGGGACACCGUCAUCACCUCCAUCGCUGCCGCCAUCACCAAGCUGGACCACAUGUCGGACACGCUGACAGCAGCAUAUGCGGUGUUCAACCGCACCCUUUCCGACCCCAACCUGCUGCUGCCCGCCCAGCCACCGCCACCGCAGGCGCAGCAGGCGCAGGAGCAGCAGGGCUCUGGCGCAGGGAGCAGCGUGCAGGGAGGCAACGCAGGUGGUGCGGGCAGCAGCGAGGGCAGCACGAGCAGUGGAGGUGGUGUUUACAGCGGCAGCAAUGGUGGUCCCUGUGCUAGUGCCUCCAAUGCUGCUGCUGGUAGCAGCACUGGCAAUGGCUCGGGGACGGGAGCAGCAGGGGGGUCGCAGCAAAGCUUGGGGGAUGCAGUGGGGCGCGUGGGGGGAGAGGGCAGCGGCAACAGCAGUGGCAAUGGCAGCAUGGACGCGGCAUCGAUCCUGGGGUUUGCUCGGCGCGCUCUGGUGUCCGUGCACACCCUGCAGCGGCAGGCGCACGAGCUGGAGGGCACGGUGGACCGCGUGGCGCACAGGGCCUACUCCAUCACCACCACCACCCUCAUAUCGCUCAUGGCUGUUUCCUGCCUGCUGCUGCUGCUCGCUGCUGUCUCCGCUCUGGUGUCAUGGAGAAUUGGGCGGCGCUGCCUGCCCGUGCACCUCUUGUGCAUGGCUGUGCUGCUCGCCCUGCUGCUGCUCGCGUGGCUGCUUGCGGCCGUCUUCUCCUCAGCCCGCGUCAUGCUGCGCGACUCUUGUGCCCAGAUGGCUCUCUACGCCGCCACCCCCGCCGCCUCCACCCUCGCGCCGCUGCUGCCCUGCAUCAACCCGCGUGCAGCACGCAUUGCGAGGGUGAACGCGGCGCGCGGGGCGAACCAGCUGGUGGGGUUUGCGAACGCGCAGAUCGAGAGCGGCAACGCGGCGCUGGGCGGGCUCGCGCGCAUGCUGCGCUCCGCCGGGCUCCUGGAAUCCAGCGCUGCGGGGGGACGCGAUGCCAGUGCCGCGCCUGGUGGCGGAAUGGCUGUGGCGAGCAGUGCGGUGGAAGGGGCAGGAGGGGCUGCGCGCGCAGGGGGCCUCAGAGGGCGCGGGUCGAGCAUGGGAAUGGUUAGCAGCAGCGUUGCGGGGACGGGUUCAGUAGGAGGGAAUGGUGAAGCUGCUGUGCCUGACGCUGUGGCACGCACAGAGCAGAGCAGCACCGCCUUUAGCCCUGGCAGCAACAGCAGCAGCAGCAAUGAUGGGGACCGUGUGAUUCCACUGCUGUGCCCGGUGUUCAACGAGAGCAGCAACCUCGCUCCUGCUCUGUGCCCUGCCGGAUACGGCUCUGUGCGUUCCUUUGAACAGGACUAUGCCGCGUACCACUGCGAGUCUGACAACCCUGUGAUCUGUGUGCGGCGAGGCACGCCCAUCCCCAACUCCUCCUAUUACCUGCUUGCCGAUGCUGCGGCUGCCACGGCAAGUGUGGCUGACCUGGUGCCGGACAUGUACGACCUUGCCACGUGUCAAUUCCUCGUUGACCUCUUCCAAGACCUCUCCUCCAGCCCGCAAGGCUGCUAUGGAGCCAAGAGCAAGGUGCAAUUGGAGUGGGUGGCGUUUAUUCUGUUUGGGGUCGCUCUCGCCAUGCUGGCGCUGGCGUGUAUCAUAGCUUUGUACAGUUACCGUAAGAGGGAGGGGUGUGGGAAGGAUGUGACGGGUCAAUGA